GCCUCCACAUUUUGAGUUUCUCUUGGCAAUUCGCUCCCUAUUUGUUUUACUACAAAUUUCUUACAACAUACAAUGAACAGAUUGUUCGGUUCCGGUAAAAAGAUUCCCAAGCCAACACUUAACGAUGCCAUUUCUAAUACGGACGUGAGAGUGGAUGCUGUUGAAGUCAAAGUAAGAAAGUUAGAUGCCGAGCUUACAAGAUAUCGAGAUCAACUCAAGAAAAUGAGAGAUGGCCCUGCAAAGAAAACUGUUCAACAAAAGGCCUUGCGAGUAUUGAAGCAAAGGAAACUAUAUGAAGCUCAACGAGACAAUUUACAACAGCAGUCGUUUAAUAUGGAACAAGCUCAAAUGACGACCGAGAAUUUACGUAAUGUCAUGGCUACUGUUGACGCUAUGCAAACAGCAAACAAAGAAAUGAAGAAACAAUACAAGAAUGUCAAUUUGGAUAAAAUUGAUUCUUUACAAGAUGAGAUGGAGGACUUGAUGGAGCAAGCUAAUGAGGUCCAAGAAACUUUAGGUCGAUCAUACAACUUACCCGACGAUAUUGAUGAAGACGACCUUGAAGCUGAAUUGGAUGCCCUUGGAGAUGAGUUAGAGUUUGAAGAGGAGGAUAUUCCUUCUUAUUUACAGGAAGAUGUUGUAGAUCUUCCAAAGGCCGCUGACACAGAUCCCAAAUUGCACCAGGAUGUAAAGUUGGAUGAAUUUGGUUUGCCAGUUGCAGCAGAAGCACCUAUGAAGGCGUAACACUUAUUUUUUAAAAUUGGUAUCAUUGUUUAAAAAAGGCGUGGAUUACUUAUACAUAAUAACAAUAAUAUCCUUGCAAUCCUUCUUUAUUUAAAUAAUUACAACGAUCAAUAAAGCAUUAAAUAUGCAUUUUAUAUUGU